AUGGGCGACACAAAUCGAUCAUUUGUCCUCCGCGCCGUGAAAGACGUGGUUCUUGAAAACCGACCUAUCUCAGAUUUAAAAGACCCUUGGGACGUCAGAGUCCAAGUCGCGCAGACAGGCAUAUGUGGAAGCGAUGUACACUACUGGCAGCGAGGACGGAUCGGAGAUUUCAUCCUUAGCUCCCCUAUAGUGCUUGGCCACGAAAGCUCGGGUACGGUCGUCGAGAUUGGAUCAGCAGUCAAGAAUCUUAAAGUCGGGGACCGAGUAGCUAUCGAACCAGGUGUACCAUGUCGUCACUGCGACUACUGCCGCAGCGGCUCUUACAACCUCUGCCCUGAUACCGUCUUCGCAGCCACUCCGCCCCACGAUGGUACCCUUUCGAAGUAUUAUACCACGCAGGCAGACUACUGCUAUCCCCUCCCAGAGCAUAUGGAUAUGGAAGAAGGCGCACUGGUUGAGCCGGUCGCGGUGGCAGUGCAGAUUACAAAGGUAGGCAAUGUCAAGCCUAACCAAACCGUCGUGGUUUUCGGGUGUGGGCCCAUUGGCCUACUCUGUCAGGCCGUGAGCAAGGCUUACUCGGCGAAGAAAGUGAUUGGAGUGGAUAUCAGCCAGUCUCGGGCGGAGUUCGCACGGUCAUUUGGCGCAGAUGACGUUUUUGUGCCUCCUCCAAAGCCCGAGGGCAAGGAUGAUAGCCUAUGGAGUGAGGAGAUAGCACGGAUCAUGAAGGAGAAGUUUAAUCUUGGAGAGGGGCCGGAUGUUGUUCUGGAGGCGUCUGGCGCCCAGGCCUGCAUCCAGACGGGUAUUCAUUUGACUAAAAAGGGUGGGACAUACGUGCAGGCUGGUAUGGGGCGCGAGAAUGUUGUGUUCCCUAUCACGACGGCGUGCAUUCGUGACUUGCACAUUCGAGGCUCUAUCCGCUACACCGCCGGUUGUUACCCGACUGCCGUGGAUCUGAUUGCUAGUGGAAAAAUUGAUGUCAAGCGUCUGGUCACCGACCGGUUCAAGUUUGAGCAGGCAGAGGAGGCUUUUGAUCUGGUGCGACAAGGCAAGGAAAGCGUGAUUAAAGUUAUUAUUGAAGGUGUUUCUUCAUAA